AUGACAUCUACUCUUCCUCCGGCCCAUGGCUCGUCCAAUCAAGCAACCACUGUCAAUAGCACCGCCAAUCAUUCAUCACCUACCGAACCACAGACACUACAAAUCAACAAUGCCUCUACUGGUGAAGUUACGUCCAACGAAAUUACUGUCGACUUUGAAGGCGGUACUCAUGUGAUUAUCCGUCCCAACCGUAUCAUUCGAGUGACACGCAUUCGAAUCAAGUUCCGAGCAGAGGAAGUGGCCUGUGUGCGGGUGGACGAAGGAAACGGAGAUGGUCGCGGCACUGAACGCAUUCAUAAAGCCAUCACUACCUUUUUCGAAACAGAUUGGAAACUGUGGGGUUAUGAAGCUAGCCCCUUUUCACAGUCAGCUUGGGAUGACUUGGAAGCCGGACGAUAUGAAUUUCCAUUCGCCUUGAAGUUUCCUAAUGUGAAUUACCCACCCUCAAUGGAAGAGCCUCAAGGAUUCAGCAUUCGAUACAUCUGGACGGCCCAAAUUGACGGACCGGCGCUUCAAUCGGGACUUAAAAGCAGGGAAUAUAUUACACCUUAUCGACCUAUUAUCGUCUCCACUCCAGAUAAGGAAUGGAAUUAUCGAACGUCGUUAACGCGCUACAAAAAGCAAUCCUUUUGCGAAGUUCAAGCCAAGCUGCAAAAGCAAUCUUAUUGUCCUGAUGAACCUUUCUCAAUGGAUCUGAAGCUUACCAUGUUAAAUUCCGACAACAGAAUUACAGCCGUGACUUACCGUUUCCGCAAACAUCACGAAGGCAAGAUGCUCGUGAAUACCGGCACCGCUUUCUGUGAGCACGUUCGCACAGUAUUGCAAGGAAUGGUGCCCGUCCAAGACGGUAGCCAAGUCAACGAAACGGUUCAAUUCAAUGUCCCCACUCGCCUCGUAUCGCCCAGUUUUGCGUCGCGACAUACACGUGUGCACUACGAUCUCCAGUUCUUUGUCGCAGUAGAAAUUGGCGGUCUUUUCAAAUCCACCCAUACGUCCGAGUUCUUUGUUCCUCUCACCAUUGCCAACCUUCCGCACAACCAGUUGUUACGUAUCCCUAAUCUCACCACGAUCCAAUGCUAUCAGAAUAAUAAGGAAUGCCCGCUGUUCUUUGAUCCCUCGCUCGAUGAACCUCCGGCUCAACAAGGUUUGCCCAGCGAACUCAUCGGUCCAUUGACGGCUGCUUUGAUGAGUACGCCAGGUGAAGACCCACCGAAUUACUUUAGUCUGCCUCAACUACCUCCGCAGUUUGAAAUCCGUAAAGAACGCAAAGAGCGUACGGUGUAUCUCAGCCGAUCUGCGAAAGGUGGCCCCAUCAAUGAAGCCGGCGACGCUGUUAUUGUUCCGAGCCUCUUUGACGAAGAAUGGUAA